CGAAUGUUAAAAGGUAAAACACCACUGGUACUAAAGUGGCUACGUUCCCUGAUAAGACCAGUUGUUUCUCUAAAAGGACAAGGGACAGUAAGGCGGAGAAAUGAACAUAGGAGUUUGGAUUCCAGUGGGGAUUUUGUGCAUGAUUAGAGUGUCAGAAUGCAUAGAGUGUUUCAAUUGUCAAAACAUUGCUGAUCCUAAUGAGUGCAAAAAUACUUCACAAUGUUCCAGUGGUCAAUCAUGCUCUUUACAAACAUUCCAAGCUGACUCCGAAUUACGCUACAACAUGGGAUGUCAAAACAAUCAGUUAUGCAGUUCCCUCGCUGUUAGCCCACAAAGUAUCAUCGGUCGCUCCGUCCAGACGAGACAGCAGUACAUAUGCCAUGAAUGUUGCAGUACUGACCGAUGCAAUGAGAACCUUUGCUUUCAUAAAACACCUUCCGAAUGCACUGAUGACGAAACACUUGACUGCGCUCGAUUAAAUACCCUUUUUAAUGUCUGCGCAGAUAUUCAUCAUGCAAAAAUCACGUGUCCAAAGUUCUGUGGCCUGUGUCAGCUCGUUGAUGGAAACUGGGCGGAAUGGGGCACGUGGACGCAGUGCAGUGUUACGUGUGCGAAUGGCACACAAGAGCGUACACGCACCUGCUCUCAUCCGCCCCCUAGCAACGGUGGCCUAAACUGUUCUGGACCAGCUGUUGACACUAAACUGUGCACAAAGCAGCUUUGUCCAGUGCAUGGAAACUGGGCAGACUGGUCCAGUUGGUCCAGUUGCUCAGUUACCUGUGAUGUUGGACUAAUGAAAAAGACAAGAACCUGCACCAAUCCAAGACCAGACCGAUUUGGCGACAAUUGUUAUGGCGAUGCUAGUGAAUAUACUGUUUGCAAAAAUGAACACUGCAUUGCUCCAGUGCAUGGUAACUGGUCAACCUGGUCCGUAUGGUCCAAUUGUUCUGUGACGUGCGAUGGAGGACUCCAGAAGAGAUCAAGGUCGUGCACAAAUCCUAAACCGAACGCUCGAGGCGAUUAUUGUUUCGGUGAUAAUUGCGAAUACACUGUUUGCCAAAAUCAACCCUGCGUUUCACCAGUGCAUGGCAACUGGUCAGCAUGGUCCGUAUGGUCCACUUGUUCUGUCACUUGCAAUGGAGGACUCCAGAAAAGAUCACGGACGUGCACCAAUCCUUAACCAAACGCUCUUGGCGACGAUUGUCUGGGUGAUAAUCUCGAAUAUACUAUAUGUCUGAAUCAUCCUUGUAGCGCCAGAAGUACUAUAGCAGCCUUCAGCGCUCACGGACUCAACAUUUUGUCAAAUAAUGUCAAUGCAUUUCCAUCCGUGAUUUUCAACGAAGGCAAUGUGUACAAUCCCAACGAUGGACACUUCACAGCUCCUGUGGACGGGAUAUACUACUUCACUGUGCAAAUCUGCUAUUGGGGUGGAGAUGCUGAUCAGUUCUACAUCCAUAAGGGAAAUGCCGAUAUGAGCAGCUAUACGCGCCUGACGGCUACCUAUGCAUUCAAUGAGGGAGACGCUACAUGUACAUCGGACUCCACCGCUGUAAAACUGAGCAGAAACGAGCACGUCUGGGUGUAUUAUUACCAACGUUACAACUAUCAACGACUAUAUGAACAUAUUAAUUUUGCUUGGAACAAAUUUACCGGAGCUCUUGUCCAAGAGCUUUAAUAAAUAUGUCAAGUUGUGUGA